AUGGAACCUUCAAGAUCUGUAACACCAUCGAUUUUUUAUCAAUUAUACGCUACGUACGUGGUUUAUCGAAAUGCUGUUUUACCUGUCGUAUUCGCAUUAUUACCAAACAAAACUCAACAAACUUAUCGGCGUCUUAUUGAUAAAUUAUCGGAAAUUUGUCCAUUAUGGAGUCCAAAAUUUAUAAUGAUGAACUUCGAACUUGCAUCAAUAAAUGCAUUCGGUGAUAAAUUUGCAACAACAACAAAUUCAUCAAUAAUGUUCGGUUGGUUUUUUCAUCUACAAAAUAGUAUUCAACGUAAAGUACAAGUCAGACUUAUAGGCUUCAAAACAAAUUAUGAACAAGAUCCAGUAUUUGCUCAUCAUAUUAAUCAAAUUGCUGCUCUUGCAUUUCUUCAACCGAAUGAUGCUCGUCAAGGUUUUUAUGACCUGUACAAUUCAUUACCACAAAUGUUACAUCCAUUAUUAGAUUAUUUUGAAAAUACAUAUGUUGGUAGAAAUCGUACACAAGGAAGAGCAAAACCAAUAUUUGAAAUCGAAUUAUGA